AUGUCAACAGCACAAUUAAAAAUAGCAGAAACAAUUAAUCAAUUUUAUGAAGACUCAUCAGAGCAAGUUUUUGUUGGAAAUAAAUAUAAAGAUGCAGUUGAAUUGAUAGAUCAUAAUUGUAGAACAUAUUUAGAUGAACCUUACAAACAUACAGUGACUAAUCCUAUUGGAAAACUUUGUGCAUAUUUCCCAGAAAUAAAUGAGACAAUAAAGAAAAGAGAUAAGAAAUUAUUAGAUUAUGAUGCUCAACGUGCAAAAGUUAAAAAAUUGAUUGACAAACCAGAAGAUUCAAAUAAAUUAUCAAGAGCAGAAGAAACAUUAAACGAGACAAAAUUACAAUAUGAGUCGUUGAAUAGACAAUUGAUAGAAGAGUUGCCUAAAUUAAUUGAUCUAAGAGUUCCAUAUAUAGAUCCAUCUUUUGAAGCACUUGUAAAAAUACAAUUGAAAUUUUGUCAAGAAAGUUACGAUAGAUUAAAUGAUUUACAAAGAUAUUUUCCAAGUAGUAAUAAUAAGGUUGAGACUGUCUUACAACAAAUGAAAGAAUUAUCAAUUUGUGGAAUAAUUUAA